AUGGUGACCAGUAUCAUGCCCAACAGGAAGGCGGCCACUGCCUUCUCGGACGUGGGCCUUGUGGGCCUUGCGCCGGUGCCGGCGCAAGAUUCACCGACUUUGUUGUACCUUUCCAUGGCGUCGAAAAGCCUGCUCCGGGCGGUGCCUCCGCCGGGCGGCAGACCGCAGGUCGGUUCUCGCUGCGAUGGUCUUGUGAGUCACGUGAAGGACUUCGGAAUUCACGUCAUUUUGGGAGAUGGCCGUGCCGGCCUGGGACAUGCAGGUUUUCUUCACGUCUCCAAGAUGGCUGGCCAUGUUGCUUCGACGCACGAGGCCUUCAAGGUUGGAGAUAAGCUGACGGUACAGGUGAUUGGUGACAGAGGAAACUUGGAACUUUCCACCAAGGACUUGGGAAUGGAAGAUUUGGACAGGUCCAAGUGGUUCCAGGCCAAGGUCUACAACAUCAAAGCCUUCGGCAUCUUCGUGGAGGUGCUGUGA